ACUCAACCGACGGACAUUUGGACAAAAAUACAGAAAUCGAAACGAAAGAAAAAAAAUUGUUUUCUGUCACGGAACGAUGCAAAUUUCAGAAAAUAGAAUAAAAGAUUCUCUGACUAUCACUGGAAGGAAGGAGCGGUUUGUGUGCGAUGUACCGUGUCCAAUUGAUGAAAUGUUUAGUACUUAAUGAAUUUACUUUAUUUUCUCAGGAUAGAUGCCUUUCGGUUGAAAGUGAAUAUGUCUGAGUGGUAAUGAUAACUUUUAUGCAGUGCAACUAAUUUAUGGACUUAAAACAUUUUUUGGAUUUAAGAUGCGUCUUUUAGUUAAGUUUCAGGUGCCUCUAGCUGCAUUGUACUUUUCAUUAUUAGCGUUGAGUGAAAGUGUGCAAAAUGGACAAAAAAUUCACGAAGUUAAUGCUACAGAAUUGACGAACUCUUCUGUAAGUCAUAAUAGUAGAACUCUUCAUCACAAAAAAGAACUUCGUCCGACAAAUAAAGGCCUCGAGAGGAGGAGUGAUGAACUCUUUUUAUCUGUACCAGGCGCAGUUAACAAUCUUCCACCAUCUAUUAUAGAUUUUUCACAUUAUCUUCACCCAUUCGUUCCAGGUGUCUGGAAAUUACCAUCUGAGAUAUAUCAGAGAGUAAUCAAAAUCAAUCCACAAGCAUCUGAGCAACCGCAACCAGCUUUAGUAGAGUCUAAGUCUUUCAUUACAAAUCCUAAAUUAUCAUCCAUCCGUAUGAAUUACGUAAUAGCGGACAAUAAAAAACUUAUACCAGUUACACAAAUAGAAAAAAGGCAACACUUACCGUAUGGUUCAAACAUAUUCUAUGGAAUCGAACCCCGAAACCCGCAUUCAGAAGAAGUCUCGACAGAGAGCGAUUAUGGUAAAUUUCUAAAUGAUGACUAUCGUGCAGAAAUUGAAAAGCAAGCUGAAGCUUUCAUAAAAAAUAAAUUUAAGAACAAUAAAAGCACUAAAGUCUUGGAACCAGUGACUUCAAAAGAGCAAGCACCAGAGCCUUUAAAAAAGGAGCCUCAUUAUGAAGUAGAAACUAAACCCAAAAAUGGGCACCGUAACGUAGACCAAAAUAACGAUUAUAAAAACAAACAUUCUGAUCAUAACACCGUACAAUAUGGUUAUGAUAGCUACAGCAAUGAGGAGGGGAAGGAAUUAAAUCAAAAUACUUAUAGCGAUGGUCAUAGCAGCUAUGAGCAAGAGCAACCAAAUUAUAAUGGCUACAGACCUGAGCAUGGCCAACAAUAUGAAACCCACGGCUAUAAUAAACUUCAUUCGUAUGAAAGUGAUAAUAAGCAACCAGGUUAUGAUCACAAUCCUCCUUACAAUUAUUUUGAUCAAAAUAAGUAUGGGUCAUAUAUAUUUUCAGGGGAAAGUUACUCACUACAUAACCCAGGCAGCUAUGAAGAAUAUCGUUCCAGAUAUUUCAAUUUACCUAAUUACGUUUUACUAUCGGACGAAGACACUAAUUACAAUUCCAACGAACACCACAACCAACCACGUUACCCAGAUUACUAUUAUAAUCCUGGCUAUAGGAAAUCCAAGUCAUCUAACAAGAAACCUUGGUGCUCCGAGAAACACAAGACCUCAACUCGAGACAACGAACAUAAACAAAAGAAACCUCAAUCCAGCUAUCCAUCUCUAAAUUAUCGUGAAAGUAGCCAAGAAAUCAUCCAAAAUGAUCAAGUUCAGGAUCCGAAAAUGAAUUUACUUCCUGAAAAGAUUCAGCACGAGUAUAAAGCUCCUAAAACUCAGUAUAACAGCUACGAGCACCAGCAUGAACCUAAAUUUAUCACUUAUGAACAUCUUCUAUCAAGUUUUGAGAACAAUAAACCAAGAAACUCCUAUUCAGACGAAAUUCAAAAGAUCCCAACAGAUUAUUAUUCCAAUGAAAUUAAUGAUAUUAGUGCUAAUCAACCGAAACCGAGAGAUGUGACUUCUUCACCUAUAACAGUACAAACUAGAGUACCAGAUUUACGAACUAAAACUAACCCCACUAAACCCUAUAACAUAAAAAAUGAAAAGGAUCAGAAAAAAUCUAAAAGAAAACAACGCAGAUCUCCAAGAAAAAAACAUAAGCAAAAACGAAGUAACAGAGGAAAGGAAGAUUUAAGAGUUGCAGCAACAACUAACCAAGAUGAUGAGAACAGCAAAGAAAAUGACCAAGGCAAUUUUUUUAUGUACAAGGUUGCACCACACGAACAAUUUUUUGAAAUGGGUUACAGACUAGGAGGACCUGAACAAAUUCAAGAAAAGCACCACAUCACUGAUGGAGCUCACUCUAAAAUUAAAAUAAAUUGGAAAGACCAAAAUGGUGAUGCAGGUGAACAAUAUUGGGAAUUCAAUCAUGAUUCUUCAGAAGGAAAUGAUGAAAGCUAAAAUGCUAAGUGAACUGUUGAAGGUUCAGAAACUCCAGUUCUUAAGAACUGCCAUUUCUUUGUGUCCAAAUAUGAAAAACUUAUACAGAACAGCUACUUAUCACUCAGAAAACCAGUUUUAAAAAAUUCGUAAGAACAAGAUUAAAAUUAGUGAUUCCAUUUAAUUAACAAAAUCUUGAUCUAUUAAAA